UAUACAACAACAUUUUGAAUAGACUUGUAGUAGUAACGAAUAGUUAGCAACACAUUAUUAUUCCUAUUCAAUUAGAGAUGAUGAUAAGUAUAUGUAUGUAUGUGAUUGGCGUUCAACCGUUUAGCCGGUUAUAGCCGAAUCGAUGAGAGCGCGCCACUCCUCUCUUCCCUUCGCAGUUCCGCGCCAGUUGGAGAUUCCAAGUGUAACCAGGUCCCUCCAACGGAGUGGAGGUCUUCCCCUUCCUCGGCUUCCUCCGGCGGGUACUGCAUCGAACACUUUCAGAGCUGAAGUGUUUUCGUCCAUUCGGACAACAUGACCUAGCCAGCGUAGCCGCUGUCUUUUUAUUCGCUGAACGUCGUAUAACUCGUACAGCUCAUCGUUCCAUUGUCUGCGGUAUUCGCCGUUGCCAAUGUUCUGAGGACCAUAAAUCUUGCGCAAAAUUUUCCUCUCGAAAACUCCUAGUGUCGUCUCAUCUGAUGUUGACAUCGCCAAGCUUCUGCACCAUAAAGCAGGACGGGAAUGAUAAGCGACUUGUAGAGUUUGAUUUUGGUUCGUCGAGAGAGGACUUUACUGUUCAAUUGCCUACUCAGUCCAAAGUAGCAUCUGUUGGCAAGAGUGAUUCUGCGCUGGAUUUCGAGGCUGACAUUAUUGGUGUUGUUGAUACUGGUUCCCAGGUAUACGAAAUUAUUUACAAAUUCGAAGUUAUGACUGUCAACAGUGACGUGGGAGCCAAGACGCGAAUGCGCCGACUGUUUGCUUGAUGACAGGAGAUAUUUCGUCUUGUCCUCAUUCACCUUCAGACCCAUUCACUUCGCCUCCUUAUCCAUGCGGGAAAAAGCAGAACAAACGGCGCGGUUGUUGCUUCCAAUGAUAUCAAUAUCAUCGGCGUACGCCAGCAGCUGUACGCUCUUGUAGAAGAUUGUACCUUCUCUAUUUAGCUAUGCAGCUCUUAUAAUUUUUUCCAGCAUCAGGUUAAAGAAGUCGCACGAUAGUGAGUCACCUUGUCUGAAACCUCGUUUGGUAUCAAACGGCUCGGAGAGGUCCUUCCCAAUCAUGACGGAGCUUUUGGUGUUGCUCAACGUCAACUUUCACAGCCGUAUUAGUUUUGCGGGGAUACCAAAUUCAGACAUCGCGGCAUAAAGGCAGCUCCUUUUCAAGCUGUCGAAAGCAGCUUUAAAAUCGACAAAAAGGUGGUGUGUGUCGAUCCUCUUUUCACGGGUCUUCUCCAAGAUUUGACGCAUGGUGAAUAUCUGGUCCAUGGUGGAAUUUCCAGGUCUAAAGCCACACUGAUAAGGUCCAAUCAGUUUGUUGACGGUGGGCUUAAGUCUUUCACACAGUACGCUCGAUAGAACCUUAUAGGCGAUAUUUAGGAGUCUUAUCCCACGGUAAUUGGCACAGUUUGUGGGGUCUCCCUUUUUAAGGAUUUGGCAGAGCACACUAAGAUUCCAAUCGUCAGGCAUGCUUUCUUCCGACCAUAUUUUGGAAAGAAGCUGAUGCAUGCACCUUAUCAGUUCUUCGCCGCCGUAUUUGAAUAACUCAGCCGGUAAUCUAUCGGCCCCUGCCGCUUUGUUGUUCUUCACGCGGGUUAUUGCUAUUCGAAUUUCUUAAUGAUCGGGUAAUGGUACACCUAUUCCAUCGUCAUCGAUUGGGGAAUCGGGUUCGCCAUAUCCUGGUGUUGUACUUUCACUGCCAUUCAGCAGUUCGGAGAAGUGUUCCCUCCAUAAUCCCAGUAUGCCCUGAACAUCGGUUACCAGAUUACCACCUUGGUCUCUACAUGAGGAUGCUCCGGUCUUAAAACCUUCGUUAAGUCGCUUAAUUUUUUCAUACAAUUUUCGAGCAUUUCCUCUGUCUGCCAGCUUCUCAAGCUCUCCAUACUCACACAUUUCGGCUUCUUUCUUUUUUGUCUGCAGAUGCGUCUCGCUUCCCUCGCUUGUGGUCGUUUGCAACGUUGCGAGGUAGGCAGUCUGUUUUCUCUCCGCUGCGAGACGACAUUCCUCAUCGUAUCAGCUGUUUUUUGACUUUUCCGAAAGCCAAUGGUUUCGGUUGCAGCGAUACGCAGUGAGUUUUAGAUGCCGUCCCACAGUUCCCUUAUACCGAGAUGCUGAUGAGUGCUCUCAGAGAGCAGGAGUGCAAGUCGAGUAGAGUAUUUCGUGGCUGUCUGUUGCGUUUGCAGCUUUUCGACGUCGAACCUUCCUUGUGUUUGUUGACGGGCGUUCUUUGCUGCACAGAGGCGGGUGCGUAUCUUCGCUGCAACCAGAUAAUGGUCCGAGUCUAUAUUUGGUCCUGGGAGCGUACGCACGUCUAAAACACUGGAGACAUGUCUUCCGUCUAUCACAACGUGAUCGAUUUGGUUACGCGUGUUUCGAUCAGGAGACAGUCAAGUAGCUUGAUGUAUUUUCUUAUGCAGGAAUCUGGUACUACAGACGACCAUAUUUCGGGCCCCAGCGAAGUCGAUCAGCCUCAGGCCGUUUGGCGAUGUUUCGUCAUGGAGGCUGACGAACUGUUGUGCCAAAAACCCCUUCUUUACCCACCCUGGCGUUAAAAUCGCCAGCACGAUUUUGACAUCGUGGCGGGGGCAACGCUCAUAGGUGCGUCCUGGCCCUCAUAGAAAGCAUCUUUGGUCACAUCGUCCUUCUCUUCCGUUGGGGCGUGGGCGCAAAUAAGCGAUAUGUUGAAGAACCUCGUUUUUAUGCGUAUUGUGGCUAGACUUAAUCCACCGGGGUGAAUGCAAGGACUCGGCGACGGAGUCUCUCUCCCACCACAAAUCCAACACCAGAUUUGCGCUCCUUUAUAUGGCCGCUGUAGUAGAUAUCACAACGACCUACCUUCUUCCGUCCAUGUCCCGCCCAUCGCACUUCUUGGAUGGCGGUGAUGUCAGCCUUUAGUCGUAUGAGGACAUCAACCAGCUGGGCAGAGGCACCUUCCCAAUUAAGGGUCCGGACAUUCCAGGUGCAUGCCCUUUAAUCAUUAUCCUUAAAACGUUUGCAGUGGUCGUCAUCAAAAGGGGGGUUUCUCAUCCGAAGCUUUCUUUUUCGGUUUUUCAUUGGUACUUCGUUUUUAUGUGGUGGGUCCCAAGCCCUACGCACAACCGUAAAAGCGGGAUCGCCUUCAAACUGAUGUUUGUUAGCUACCAAGAGGAUACUUGGUCUAGAACCGGAAGUCGUGAGCUGCUUGAAUCAUGUGGAGAAGAAUCGUUUCUGGCCACUCCAAAGUGAAUGACAAUCAAAAACUUUCCUCACUUACGUGAACUUCUACACAUGAUCCCAUCCUCCUCCGCAUGAUAAGUAUAUACAUAUAUAAAAUAUAAAAAUUGUAUACUGGAGAUCACAGACCAACUGCGGUCGAAGGGUGUUUGAAAAGUGAAUGUGAAGCCGUCAAUGAUUUUCUAAAUAAAUGUUGCUAUCUCAGUGGUCUUGAUGAAAUUAUCACAGGAAACCGCGACCGUUAAUUGCCAUAAUUUUCCUGUUUAAAGCCUUGAGAAGUACACUGCAGAAGAUAUUCUACAGUUUCUGCUUCUUCUAUUUCUUGACAGCUUCUGCAGUAAUUGUAUGGUAUCCCCAAACUGCAGGCAAGUCCACGAAGCAAACAUUGUCGUUUUAGAACUCCUACCGGUGUGACUAUAUUGUUCCUUUUAAACUUCAAGUGUUGUCCAUAUUCCAUGCAGGCCACGUUGUCUGCUUGUUGAGCAAGUGCUGGAUUGUUUCCACUGAGACUCAGCCAACUCUAUUAGAUUAGUACCAACGGCACGCAUAUGCCCUCUUUUUCGGAUUCUAAUUGUAACGUGGUGCCCAAACUGGCAAGUCCAACUGCUUCACAGUUACCUGGAAUAUCGUUGUGUCCUGGAAUCCUUUGCACAUUUGACGUGAAAUAGAAAGCUAGUUCUACUAACAGUCCCAAAACGUGCCUUCACCAACUUCGUAGAAACCUUUAAAGACUUGACUGAUUUUAAAGCCGCUUGGCUGUCUGUGAACAUAAAUUUGCUAGUUGUUGUAAGCACCUGCUUUGUCAGAACAAGAAGGCUUCACUCAGACACAAGAAGGCUCACUGUCGAGCGAUUUCUGUAUGCCUGAAGAGAGGGCUAUUUGUUCUAAAAAUUUAACUUGGCGCAUGACAAAUGUCCGGAGGUGUUCGUCUAAUAGGCGCCUGCUACGCGUCCAGUAUUUAUGGUGAUAUUUCCUGUAUCGAUUUAUUUAUUUAUAUUGAUGGAUCACGAUCCAUAUCACAAAAUAUUUAAAUAUUUUGUAAUCCAGAAAAUGGGUCGUGGAUCGCGUGAUAAACAUUGAACUUGUAGCAUAUUUUGUGAUUUACGAGUCCGAAUAGUGCCAAAAUUUUAAAAUCAAUUAUAUUGUAAUAAAAUGGACAUGAAUUACAAUAUUUACAGUUGCAUCUUUGCCAGAGCUACGCAACUAAUCUGCCAAAGGUUUUUUUGAUAAUGGCCAAAAAAUGGGUAAGAGCGUGUCAUUACUUGCUCGCAUAUAGUAUCUAAUAUUAAGUUUUUCGAGCAUACGAUUCUGCAUAUAUCGAGUAAUAUGUAAACUAUCUUAGAAGAGCUAUAUAAUCUUGGUUAUAAAGUGUCCCCGUCAAAAAUUCUGUGUGCUGACCAACUACUAAAUAACGCAUACAUUUUUGAAAUAUUCAACUACUUUCAAUUUCGUAUGGUUUAAAAACUUAUCCUGUAAUUUUCGAUUUUAAUUUGUAAUUAAAAUUAAUGUUUUACUUUUACUCUGUCCACCCCACAUCUUUUACUUCUUAUCCUUUUGUAUUUAACUAUACGAACAUUCGCCAUACUUGUUUUGAAACCAUCGCACAGUCCACCACCCGAUGAUCACUAGUCCUUUCUCCUUCACGCGCACAGCACACUCUACACUUACGUAUGUAUAUAAGGAAUGGCUAAAUAAAAGCUUGUAACAGUUGUGGGUAAAUACCGUUGUAUUCCCUCCCCUUUCAACCAGCUACCAUAUAUUUCAACUGCUUUCUCAAUACUUAUAUAUAUGUGUGUCCUCUUUUUGUGCAUUUGAGCGCUAGCUCAAGGUAAAACAGGGGAAGAUAACCACGGACCUGCGCACUGUUAGAAUUAACCGUUUCGGAGCGCAAUCAACAUGCAUAACAGGAAUGAAUGACAUUUUCGGUGUUUUCGUAGAGUUCCGGAAAAUACCGACACUAAGUUUUUGAUUUCUGUUGAAAUAAUGUUUCUGUUUUAAGCAAUGAAAAUAAAAAUAUUAUUUGUUAGGUUUAUGCAACAAAAGCAUGUACUUAGUUCAACAUAUAUUUUCGUAUUGGUUUUGUAUGCAUCUAUUUGUUUAAUUGAAUGUACUAUUUAGCACAGUAGUAUUUAUAUACAGUGAAACCUCUCCCAACGGACAGCUCUUUUAGGCGGACUACUUCCUUGGACGACAUUUUUUCUUGCACCAAGUUAAAUCUUUAGAACAAAUUAAUAAUGUCCCUGCAAAAGUAAUGUUAAAUAGUGCAAAAUUCCCUUCAUAUUGCACUUCUUAUGCCUACUUUGCUUUCACUAUUCCUUAUCCAAUGGUUGCUUCUUAUAACUGUUAUGUUGGUUAAUCAUGUUUUUAAAUCGUUUGCUCAAACAGUUGGCAAUAUCGUAAAAUUAUGCUGCCUACCCACCGUUAGAGGGCGCGAUAUACAGGAUAUCCCAAUUAUCCUUGACAUGGUCUUUGCAGCUUAUUAAAUAUAAUAGGGAUGUAAGCCAUAGCUAUAGCAUGCUUCUCAACCUAAGCUAAUUCGAAGUAAUAUAUAUGUAUGUAAGUCGAAAUGAACAGUUCGGAAGCCUUAGUAUGAAUUUUACUUGCUAAACACUUAUGCGUUUGGUAAUCGCGUAAAUUUUUAGUUUCGCAGGCAUUCGUGCCACCCGAGACGGCUAGCUCGUGUGUCUGUAGGGAAAAGCUUUGUCUCAUUGCGUUUUUGCUAAAUAUUCGUAAAUAAAUCAAAUCAAUCAAAAGAUUAUGUAUAAAAUAUGUAUAAUAAUUGCAAGCUAAAAAAAUUUAAAAUUUAAAAUUCAUACUUCGAAUUGUACAUUGCUUUUUUAUCUCUAUGUAUGUAUGCGUGUAUGAAUAAAAUGCAAACUAAUACAUACUCUAACCAAACGUUGCCACAUAAUUUUUUAAAGCGAAAUAUAAAAUUUUCAAUAAGAAUAAUUUUACUUGAGUAUCCAACAGCUGAUAGAAUUUGUCAAUGUCAAAAUUAUUGGUUAAUGCAGCAUUUUCUUGGCUACUUACACCUGUCACGAGGGUCUGCCUUUCAAUUUAACCUAACUCAAUAGAGGGAUUAUUUUGAACUUGCAAAGCUCUUACAUGGAUUGGAAUAUUUUACAACAACAGAACAUUCAACAAAUCGUGUCAAAAUAAUUGCAAUCCUGAUUCAGCUGUCAUAAUAUUACACCCAUAACGGAGGUCUUUGUGCAUAUUUUUUCUUGCAUUUCGUACAAUCAUUAAAUCUCGCUGAGCAAGCUAAUAAUGUAUAUAUAUAUAUAUCACUUCGCAAACAACUAGUUCAAAACAUCACUCAUUGUGCAACUCUGUUUUAGCGUUAUUACGGUGCGAGUCAACAAACGGUUAUACCACCGGUUUGCGCUAACUGCUAUUUUUAUUUCUUAAGGAUAAAAAGGGAAAGCUACCCAAAACUCUUGUUCAUCUCCUGCUUACAAAUACUAGUGUUAGAAUGUGUUUAAAUUAAUUAUUUUUCAUGAUGAUGCUUUCAAUAUAUGUCACUGCUUUUAUAUAUACAUUUGAACUCACUUACUUGAAUCACCAUAAUCCACAAAAAAAACUUCGCGUUAGAGCGACUUCGAGUUAUGGCAGGUAAUUUGUACGAAAUUUGACUGCUAUUAGCAAUUCAAGAGUUCGAGUUAUAGAAGUUCGGAUUAUGGAAGUUAGUUCAACUGUAUAUAUUUGCCCAUAGUUCUUAGAUGGCAUAAAAGGCCUCAAAUCUGCUUUUAACAGUAUCAAAUUAUUAGUGACCCCACAUUUAGUUAACCUUUUAUUAGUAUUAUAUGGACAUACGCGGAUGAAUUUUAUAAGCUGUAAACAUAAAUGUCAACCACUAAUAGAAAUAAUGGUCAAUUACCUAUGUGAAAUUUCUACACAAAUUUUUAAAUAUAUUUUGCCUAUUACUUCCAUAUAUGAAAGGUGUUGUGUACAACCAAACAAAACCAUGAAUCUAUUAUGAGUCAAAGUUGGAAUAAUACAAAUAUUAUUUAUCGAAAAGUACUGAACACCUUAGGUAUAGGUCAUAUCAGCUUGAGAGAAACAUUUUAUAUACCAUUAAAUUAAGUGGUAAAUGUAGAUUUUUUUUUAAUAACUAUUAUUCUAAAAAGCAAUUUUUCGAACUGCGAAACCAAAUAUUUCGAUUUUGGAGGUUAACUUCGAAAAUCGGUGUAUGCAAUUAUUUUACUUAUGUCUCAAGCUCCCGGAAAAAUCAGUUUCAGUCAAUACACAGAAAAAAGUCGAUUUUGCCAUAUAAUGUUAUCAAACACCGUGACAGCAUAAAUUUUAAGUUCAAAGCAGCUUCAUUUAGUAUUGUGUGUUCUUGUUAUCUGGCAACCUUAUGCAAAAUUAUAGCUGUUGCUUCUGCGUUGAAUGGAUUGUAUUUUGUGUAUACUGUGUGUUUACAAUAAUGAAAGCUUGAUUGAUGUGUGUGGAAUUAAUUAUGUGUAUGCUGACAUGUUGCUGUACGCUGAGAAAAGAGUUACGAAGAGAUGAUAAAAUUUUCCUGCUACUCAAAUGUUUUAUUGCCAAAAUAGUUUAACGACGUUUGUGUGCAUACUGACAGACAAUCGUUAACAUUGCUCGUUACGGUUUUUGCCGUGGUGUAAGCGGGCAGGCGCAGGCCGAAAUUUAAUGUAAUUGUCAUUUAUUGCGUUUAAGGAAAAGUGGAAAAGUUAAAAUGUGCGACAACAAUUGCGUUACAACUGAGCGAGCGAGUGUAACAGUAAUCGAAUGCAGCAGCCUAGCUGUCAAACCUAGUACAACACAAGGCGAAAGUGUGUGAAAAGUAGUGCCGAAACAACAUUCGCAUAGCGAGUGGUGAGCGCCGAAAAAUAUGUACUGUUUUUAAUGCCAACACCGUGUGUAUGUCGCGCGCCUUGAUAUAGUCGCAAUAAACUUGUAUGUGGCCGCAUGCUGGCCGUGCAACGGGCGUGAGUGUGCGAAAUAAAAUGCAUGUAUUGCUAAGAAAAAAAAUUUGCCAAAAUCUCCAAAGGAAAAAGUAUAGUAACAAACACUGAAAAGCAGAAGGAAAUGCCGAAACUGCUUGCUUCGAAAAAAAUUAAAAUAAAAGUAAAAAAAAAAAACGCUGAAAACCUAAGAACGAGUACGUGCAUGUGUAUACACACGUGUAUGCAUGCGCAUGUGUAUGUGACCGAGUUGUUGCAUAGCGCGAUAAGUGUAGAAUGUAAUUAAUUUUUUUCGCAGUUCUUGCAAAGUGAAAACAAAUCAAAAUGAACAAUUAAGACAGUGAAAAGUAUUGACAGUUUACAAUAUAAAAGCAAUGCAACAGAACAAGCGAAACUUAAGACAGUAUACACACUGCAGCAAAAGCUAAAUUUACUAAACAAUAUUCUGAACAAAAAGCAUCAUAAAAUUAAAAAAAAAAACAGUAAAACCAACGUCACAUGCAGUGAAAUCUUCCCGCAAAGUGCAAUCCAACGCAAUUUUCCAGUGAUUUUGUGUUAUGUGUGAAAUUUGUUGUUAGUUUUGUUUUUGUUAUUGUCGCGUACAACUCAACUGUAAUUGCAUUAAAUAAUAUAUGUAUAUGCUCCAUACAAGUGUAUGUGUAUAGCAAUUUUGCAGCAUACUUUUCUGCGCCUAUCAUUUGCAUAUGCAUGUUUCAAUGUUUACACAAUAUACAAUACAAACUGCUUAUUAUUGAUUAGCUGCGCUCUAUAAUAGCUAAUUGUGCCAAUAUUGUUAUGUACUUGAGUGUAAAUUAAUGAACUAAGGAAAAUAUCGGACUCCUAUAAGUCAAAGUUCUCCAUAAGUCGCACUCUUGAAUUGGCAAUAGCAAUCAAAAUUCAUACAAAUUACCUGCCAUAACUCGAAUUGGCUCUAACUCGUAGUUUUUUUGUGGAUUAUGGUGAUUUGAAUUAGGGAAGUGCAUCUUUAUAUACAUAUAUAAUGCUCAUUAUUGCCGAAAGCUAUUGUACAUAUGUAUAUGUAUGUAAUUUUAAUGAUGGAAAACUUAGUAGCAAUUUAUAAUGAGCACAAAAGCGUUAUAUCUAUCUGUGAAAUUGCUGAGAUACUACAAAGCAAAGCAAAGCUACCCGUCAGGAAAUUGGUGGUUUUGUGCGGCAAAUUCUUGCAUAAAAAAAUCAUUUUAGUUAAAUCACUUCAUUAAUAUCUUAUUGUUAUUUGUUUUUAAUACAAUUUAAAAAAAUAAAAAAAAAAAAUAAUUAUAAUAUUUUACUGAUUGUAUGUUUAAAAUGAGUUCAGUGAUAAGGUGGGUUUCAAGAUUUCAAAAAAAAAAAAUUGUCUCAUUAAAUAGUUUAAUAUGUUUGAAAUAUUAAACAAAAAUUAAUUAAAUAUCAAAUAUUAUUAACUCGAUCAGCGUAUAAAGAGAUAGAUGUAACCUUACAGGUGUUUAUCUAAAAAGUCAAUUUUUCAAGUCGUUGGUCACGAUAUCUCGACAAGUUAAGAAGCGAUUUUGUUCAAAUUUUCCAGACAUCUUUGAAAGUACAUUUUUUACUUAAUGCACGAAAUAUAUAUAUAUAUAUAUUUUUUUGUAUUGCAACUAUUUUUUUCGAGUCAAUAUAUGGCGAAAGUUUGUACAAAAAAGUGUGUUUUGUUGUUAAAAAUCUAUCAAAAAUACAAAUAUUAUUAUUUUCUGUUAAAUAAUAUAAUAUUUUCUGUUUCUGAAAUAUUUUCGGUUUAUUAAAUUUUGUUAAAACAAUAAUUAGUUAUGCUGUUCGCGGCAAGUGCUUUUUUUUGAGAUGUCAAUGGAGUUGUGGUACCAACAGCUGAGUUUUCUGAAUUUUUAAAUGAAAAUUUCACAAAAUGCAAUUUAAAUAUGUAAAUAUGUGAUAAAAAAAUUAAAAAAAAAACACUGAAACCCACCUAAACAAUUAAAUCGUAUGAUAUUAUUUUUAACUUAUUUGGCAUAUUGUUAUUGUUGAAACAUAGAAAAUAACUGCGGCAGUCACAUUUAUAUUUUUGAAAGACGUGCAUCAUAAAUUUAAUUUAUUUUUGAACUAUUUUAAUUUUUGUGUUUAAACCUGCUUUUUGUAGCAAACAAAUGUUUCCCAUUAGGUGUGUGCAAGUACUCUUUGGUUUGCCUUUCUCAAUGAUUGAUAGGAGAGUUGCCCGCCAUGUAAUGCGCAGAAAUCACAAAAUCUCUCACUUACCCAAAACAAUAUUAACAUAUUUAUUUAAAUUUAUAUUUAGUAUGAAAUAUUAAUUAUUUGUCAAGAAGAAAAAAGCGGAGACAAAACUUGAAAAAUAAUAGCAAAUUUGUUUGGAUACUUAAAACACAAUCAGCAUGAUUGUAAAUUUCAUGUGAAUAAAGCAUUCCAAAGCAGGAAUUUUUAUUUCCACUCGAAAGAAAAAUUCGUAUCAUGAAUUUCGUGUGUAUGACAUAUGGAUUUGGGUAGCAAUCUUGUUCUUUUCUCCAAUCGAUAUCGAUGGUGGUCCCAUUAUAUCGAGGGAAUUGUGUCACUAUUCAAAUGCAUGCACUUUUUUCUUAUUUCCUUUGAGAGCUGUAUUUGAAUUUUCUACCAAAACCUGUUCCCCACAACAGAAGGAAUACCCUUAGACCUUAUAGUCUACAGUCCUUUUUGAACUCAGAAUAACCCUAAAUACAUAUUAGGACUCGUCUGCAUAAGUUUUUUACUUCUAAAUCCGCAAAUUCGCAGUGAGAUUCAAGGGAUUCUGCAGCUAGCAUCCAAUAAAAAUUUUUAAUGGGACAAUGACACAUAAUGGUUUAUUAUUGGGAGCGAACAUAAAUAGAUACCUUUAUAGCAUCCACUUGCGCUUAGUUUAACUUUGGUUUUAUAUAGCCAAAUGGCAACUUAAUAUACGUAGACCUUAGUUCAUAUUAUAUUAAAAAAGUUGUUAAUAUUGUAUAUUGAUUUUGUAAACAAAUUUAACUGCUUCACAUGAACAAACUUUCAUUUACAAUAAAGGAAAAUUUUCGAAGAUGUGCGAUUUUUCCCAUGUGAAUUUUUUGUUACAAACCAUGUGUGAGUUUUUUCAUUAGGAAUGUAGCUCACAUGAAAUUUACAAUAAGGUGGAAUAAAUUUCUAAAAUUGGAAUUUUUGCUUUAAUGCUUAUUUUGAAGUAACAUAAAUUGCUGAAACUCUGCUUUCAUUUCCUUAACAUAUGUACAUACUUUUAUGAAAGUUUGAUAAGUACUACAAAUACAUAUACAUACGUCAUAUACGUACAGUUAUGUAAAAUAUAAUAAGAAUUGUGGCCUACAUUUUAUGAAGUUAAUGGGCAUCCAGAAUGAGGGAGUCAAAGAUAAUUAACUCAACAAAUUUCUUGGCAACAUAUUCAAAUCAAAUGUUUUUUUUUAGUUUUAUCCAGAUUUAAUUAAAAUUCUUGUACUUUUUUUGUUUUUUAUAAUUUGCCGUUUUUAGCAUUUGGUAAAUAAUAAGGACACGUCUAGUUUUACAAAAAAAGUUGCAAUAAUAAAUAAGAAAAAGGAACGAAAUUUCCUUCAAUUGUGUUAGUAUUAAUUUUAAAUCAGUUUAAUAUGUUUUUUUGAAAAUCCAUGGUUGUUUAAAUUGCAACGAUAUAGCUUCGGCAUAGAGUAAACUUGGUUUCGGCAGUCCGAAUCCUUUUAAUCAUUGGAAACCUGACAAUUCAUCAUUGUUCUUUAAGCACAUAAUGAAGUUGCUGAUCCCAAACCACUAUUUUGUACACUUAGCCGUGUGUUUUGGGUCGUUGUCUUGACGAAAUAUCCACUUAAGUGUCAUUUUAUCUACCGAGUUCUGUGUAUCAUACGUAUUUAGAGUAUCGCAACAUAACCGGUUGCUUUUAUAUUGUUCUGUAAACGAUCCCCAAACCAUAAUUUUUCCACCACCACAUUUAGCGGUCUUUACCGUGUAUUUAGAGCUUUAAACAUUAUUGUUUGGAUUUCUUAUAUGAUGAAUACCUUGUUCAGUACUAAAAAAGCUUACAUUUGUUUUGUCAGACUAGAUAAUGUUCACAUGUUCUACCGCAAACAUUAAACUAUAGAAAUAAAUUGCGAUAGUAGAAAAUGUUCGGUUGCCUUAGCAUUUCCUUACUUGUUUAUAAAUAAUGAGUGUUAAAAAAUGCACUUAACUGGCAAAAAAUGUCCAUGCCUUACUUUUUAUACAUCCCUGUCCUUAUUAUUUUUCACAUAACUGUACAUAAUUACUAUGAAGGUGAUUAGUUAGUAUCGUGUUUACUGACUUUUGCUUGUAUAUAUUGACAUUUGAAACGUCAACACUGUUGCAAUCCUAGUGUUGUGUGUAAUCUAAAUGUGCUGCUUCUCCUUCAAGGAUUGUAAUAUUUAUAAAUUUAAAUUUAUUUAUUAUUUCGUUUUAUUUUUUUUAUUUUUACAAGUGGUUGAUAUGUAUUAGCAGCGUUCUUGCCUAGUGUGUAUGUAUAUAUGUAUGUACAUAUGUGUGAAGCAGCAGCAUUGAACAGCAAGUAUAUUUUCGUUUAACCGAGGCAAGUGUGCUUGUUUUCCGUGCAUAUUUUGUAUAAAGUUAACAUUCAAUGCUCAAAAUCUGUCUGUUUGUAGUUAACACCUUGUACUGCUGACGUGCGAAAAUCAUAAACUAAUACUAAUUAAUAAUAAUAUGUGCUUAGGUGCAACUAUGCCUCAGUCACAUCUACAGCUGCAAAAGCAAAGAAAAACUUUAUAUAUUAACGCACAUAUAGUGGUACACAAAGAUUUGCCUUUCAUAUACGCACUACAAACACUAUCAGUUCAAUAAGUAUUGCACCAUCAAAUUGCCGUGUGUUCAUGUAAUAGAACAUUAAACACGUACAACUAGUCGCAUGUCGUCGUCGUCGAUAUUACAACAGCAAUUAAGUGUGGAAAAGCUGGUAAAAGCUACAGCGUAUACAGCUGCUGUUGUCCUGCCACCAUCACCAAUACAACAUCAUGCACCAGACGCCACUACAACAAACACGCUACAGGUUUCAGCUAUAGCUCCUUUGGAACGUUGCUGCGCUGAUCCCCUGCAUAUGACCGCACAGACAUUUACAGUUGAUAGCAACAAAGCUGAUAACAACGUUGAAAUUAGUAACUCAAGUAUUAAGUUAGAGGAGCAGCAGCACAAAUGCAAGCAUCAAAACUGCAAUAGUGUUGAACAAGCGAACCCUACCAUUGAUACCUCAAACCCCACAGUCCCAAUUCUAUUGGAUAUGCACCCUACGCCUGAUGCCAGUAAACAAAUAGCAGCAACACCGGAACGCCGACAAUCAUUACCAGCAGCCGGGGGCGCUGAGCUUGAACACAUGUAUGCAGAGAAUAGCGUUCAUAACGCAGACAAGCUAAGCAAUUCUUCGAUUCCGAACGCUACUCAAAGCCACGAUACCAAAAUCUAUCAAUUGCUGACUUCGCCAAUGCAUGAGCUGCCAGCUGACAAAGAAACGACAAAUGAAAGCGACAAAUCAGCGCAACUGACGGUGAAUAGUAAACUUAAAGACGACACAAAUUCAACGCUUAAUAUUACCGAUGUUAAGCGCAGUGCUGCAACGGGAAACGCUAACGCUCAAAAUAAUGACGCGCGCACAAAUACACAGGCGCUUGAUGUACUACUCAAUGGCGGUUUGUCGCAGAGCAUGUUCAAGCAUUUGCCCCCACGUCCAAGCGUUGUAGCGCUGCAGCAGCAUAUUACAUCGACUGCGGUUGAGCAUUUCGCACAAGCGAAUUUGCAACCGCCUAAUGAUUGCAUGCUGCCCGUCAGCAGUUCAACCUUUCUGUACGAAAAAGAGAGUCAACUGCUUGCUAAACUCUUCGCUACAGAUCUUGUGAUACCAAAAUGUUAUGCAACAACAACAAGCGCGGUAAGUGAUGCCGGAGACGCUGGCGGCCACAACAACAAAACGGACAACCGUUUGACGUAUAGUAAUGGUGAAAUGUUAGCUGUUGCCGCAAAAGAAAAACCUGAAUUUGAUGUAAGUGUACCAAGUACACGCACUGCUGAGUCCGCCAAACAGCCGCAAGUAUCGAACGCCGCACUUAAUUUGUUAACCGAAAUACUAUUGCGUCAACAAGACUUUCAACACAUACAACAGCAAACACAACUACACACAGCGGCUGUAAAUAAUGUUGAAAUAGCACCUGCUUUGCAGAAGGAUCCACUACACAUCAAUAAGUUGUCGAUGGCAUCGCCACUGUCAUUACCAUUUCCUUUCCAAUUACCUCUACCAUUAUCGCUGUCGCUGCCACUGCCGUUACCGCUGUCGCUGCCGCUCAUGCCCGUCAUUGAUAAUACGAAAAACAAUAACAACUACAAUGCGAUUUCAAAACAGCCCACUUUCGAGGUACCCACAUUUCUGAUAGGCGACUCAACUGGUGAAUGUAAGGAACCAAUCUAUUUGAACUCCAAACACGAAUCGACAGCACACCAUGAACAACACCAAGAGAUAGUAGAGUCAUCGCAGCAACAGCAACAAUCAACAAAUCACUUAUUAGCCACACAAUUUCUCUAUUCCCGUCUAUUGCGUGCAAAUGUGCCAGCGCUGACUGAGCAAUUGCGUGAACGCGAUAUCCACAUGUUAGACUAUGCGCCCAGCAUCUCAAAGCCACACUCGCCUGCUAGCUGUACACAAUCCACAACAAACGAUAGUAAUAAUAAUCGCAAUCAUUUGUCGCAUGUCAAUAGCGCCACUGUUGACACGAAUUUAGCGUUUGAUAAAGUACUAAGCAACGCGUACCAAUGUAUGCCUGCAACCGAUUUGCCCACCGAUAACAGCGGCGCUGACAAAUGUAGUCGCCAUCUAAUAACGCACCGGCAUGCCAGCGGCACUGAACUCUUAUCUGCACAAGAGACGGCGCUCACGCAAGCGCAACUACAAUUAGACAAGUAUUUGGAGCUAAGCCAGCAGUUUGUUGCGCUCACGCAACCCAAUGUAACUAUAAAGGACAAACUUACGUCGCACAUCGUGCCACGCGUGCGCGAGCAUGUGGCACAAACGAAAACACUAAUUGAUUCCACGCAGACGCAGCUGCGUCUACUUAGGCGGCAAUGCGCGACCGCAAAGCUUUAUUACGAGCGCACGAUGCGGCGCAUGGACACAAGCGCAUUCAAGUAUCUGCGUCAAAAGCAUGCCACAUAUACACCCGCUUGGUGUGUGGAUAAUAAUGUAACGCGUGCGGCAGUGAUUGCCGCAAUGGCGGUCGCGAUCGAAUUGCAGCCACUGCCGGCGACAACUUACGUUAAAACGGAGCGUCUGGUAAGCGGUAAAAGCGAAUUGAGCGAUAGUGAAUUUGAGCAGCCGGCUGUUGAUUCAGAUACACGAGAGACUUUGUUGGGCAUAGAGACGUACAUUGAGCGCUACGUGAAGACGGUAUGCAGCAAUAAUGUUGAUGUUAAUGAGCCUACGACACAGUCAAACGUAGAGACGCUAUGCAAUGCUGAUGCGUAUGACAGCACGAUUUACAGCGCUAACAAGUGCGGCAAUAAUGCUGGUGUGGACUAUGACGUUGAAGGUGGUGCGCAUGUUAAGUGUGGUAAUCAAGAGUUGCCGUCCUUUAUGAAACCGCAGCGACCGCUUGAGGCGUCAUCACCCAUCUGCUUUUGGCAUCCAGAUAAUCGAGGGCUGCACGUUAAUGAUGACACGCUUUCGGCUGCCGAAAUCAUAUUGGAGUGUGCCGCUUUAAGCGUGCAAGCGCAUAUGCAAGGUUCCGCCAAUGCAACUAAUACAAUGGCCGGUGAAAAUAUUGCCAACACAGCACAAGCAGCUGAACUUGAAGGAAAUAAUUGCGAAAAUAAUCAUGAAAACGCUGAACGUACGCCAUCAGUCGAUGCAACAAUCCUAACAAGUGCCGGCAAUGAUGCGCAUGCAGCUGCCGUAAUAAAGGAUGACACUGGCGAGAAAAAAGCUAUGCAGCUAUUACGUCUUGGCUCGCCAAUGCUCAACUCACCUACCGUGCUGACGCCAACGUCCACGCCCACUACUACACCGACGCCGCCCUUAAACACAAGUAUUACCAAUUUUGGUAAAAAUCAACGCAAUGCGCGUCAUCAUGAAUCGACAGCAAGCAAGCUUAGACAACGCUAUAGCAACAACAACGGCAGUGAUGUCGCCAACAGCAACAGCAACACUAGCGAUAUCAAUAUGGGCAAAAAGUUGGAGACAAAUAUACUUGAAACGCUGCAGGUUAUGCAGACAACGUCGGAAGCAACAGCUGCCCCUGCAGUGGUUGGUGCAAAUAUUGGUAGCAAAAAGAAACAACAACAACAGUAUACGCUACAUCAGCCACAACAGCAGCAAGUAGCGUUUAGUAGUUGUAGCAGCAGUAAUAAUGACAACAACGGUGCUAGCGGUAGCGGUAGUUUAUAUGGGCUCCAUAGUCCAGCAGCUAAUAGCAACUGCGAGUCAACUGCAGCAGCAGCAGUGGUGGCUUUGCAAGAGCGCGCUUUCACUGACAUUUUUAAGGCACGCUUUAACGCAUUAACGGCUGCCGCCGUAAUGAAUGCUACUGCUGCUGCAGCCGCCGCAUCUGCACCAGAUGGACCGUACGAUUUAAGCAUCAGCAGAAAAGUCAAGCAAACAAACUUGGAUAGUAAAAUCUCAACGGCUAAUCAGCAGGGAAAUGAGUGCAAAGACAAUUCGAAUGAGAAGAAGAAACCGCAUAUCAAGAAGCCACUGAAUGCGUUCAUGCUCUAUAUGAAGGAGAUGCGGGCCAAAGUGGUUGCCGAGUGCACAUUAAAAGAAUCGGCGGCAAUAAAUCAAAUACUUGGUAGAAGGUGGCAUGAGCUUAGCCGCGAAGAGCAAAGUAAAUAUUACGAAAAGGCGCGGCAAGAGCGCCAAUUACAUAUGGAAUUAUAUCCAGGGUGGAGCGCACGGGAUAACUACGGCUAUGUUUCGAAAAAGAAAAAACGUAAAAAAGACCGAUCACCCGCGGAUUCGGGAGGUAAUAAUAUGAAAAAGUGCCGUGCUCGAUUUGGUUUAGAUCAGCAGAAUCAGUGGUGUAAGCCUUGCAGGCGUAAAAAGAAAUGCAUACGUUAUAUGGAAGGACUGAGCAGUAAUGCCGGCAGCAGCGGCACCAAAGAUGAUAGCUUUCAAGAUUUGGACGAUCUGGAAGAGGAUAAUGCUAGUGAUGAUAAUCUCGGUAGUCCAGGUAGCAUAGAUGACAACAACAAAACGCCAGACGAUGAUACGGAAUCGCUGAAUAAUUCGCUAUCUAGUCCGGGAUGCCAAAGCGGUUUGUCUAGUCUACAGAGCCCAUCAACCAGCAUGGCUAGCCCAUUAAAUCUGCUCGCUAGUCCUGCAACGCCCGUAACAGUGGGUGUGCCUUUCGGACUAUCUGACAAUCAGCAGGAGCAGAAUGUGCCAAGUCAACAGCAGCAACUACAACAAGCGAGUAGUGAGCAACAAAUGCGUAUGCAACAUCAUCAUCAUCAGCAGCAGCAAAUGCAUUUAAGUCAACAUCAACAACUUAUGCAACACCACCACCCGCAUCCCACGCACACAAAUAACAGUAUUUACGAGCAGCAUGCGAAAGGCGCAAGGCCAUUUCUUUGCAAUAGUGGCAGCGGCGUCGGUGUCGGCCGUAGUACAUUAAUGUCCCCAGCGCUGUCAAAUAACGGUGCCAGCGGUAUAUGCAUUGGCAGCAACAACAGUCUAACAAAUACCUCAACAACACCGUCUGCUGUGGCAGCGGCGGCAGCUUUCACAGAGCGCACAAUGCGCUCACUACUGAAUCCUAGUCCAUCUGGCCUACUACUAAAUAACAAUUGCUUUCCACAGAGUACGCUGGAACCAAGCGGCGCCAUAGUCUCAAUAGAACAAAUUCUAGCGAAUAGCAAUAGUUUAUCGACCAGCACUGCGACGACGACGCCAACCAGCGCUGUUGCUAAGUACCCCACCACGACCAAUACCAACAGCACAUUAAGCAACCGCGCCACAGAUGAGUCAAAUAGUUUUAUUACUUACAGCAGCAAUAGCAAUGCCUCAUUCACCAAUAGCAAUACCAACAACAACGGUGUUUGUGAACCCAAUGCAAUGCAGGCCGUUACGUCAACACAGCCCAUACUAAGCGCUGUAGUUAAGACAAAAUCUAGCGUUUCAUCGUCUGCUUCAUCGGAGCCCUCAUCACCUGCGUGUGACACUUACGAAAAAUCAGUGCCGCCAGCCCAACGAAACCCUAUAGGCGCCAAUCCGCAUGACAUCAACAACCCGCUCAGCAUUAAUCAGCUCACCAAAUGCAGUGAAAGCACGAGCAGCAACAACAACAUCAGUUGUACUGUUACGAAGAAUUCUGACAACAACGCUGAUCCAUCCAGCCUCGAUAAUGUGCCAACUGCGUUCAACAGCCUUACCAAUGGCAUUGCGGCCAAGCAAUACAAGCAUAGCCCACAACAACUGCAAAAACAACUUGCCUUGCGUAUACCCACAAUCGCUGCAACGCCACAGCAUCAGUCCUUAUUACCGCCGGUGCCGCAACAUUAUCAGCAGCAAUUCAAUUUGCAUGCGGGCACUGGGCCGCCCACGCCGUCGACCCAUCACCACGCCCAUCACCACGCGCAUUCACCACUGUUCAAUCAGCAUUUCCAACAAUUUAGCCAUCACUUGGCGUCCGUUGCAGCGGCGGCGGCGGCCGCAAGCAUACACAUGCCCAACAUAUUGAGCGCUGCUGCUGCAGUGAAUCCCAACAACAACAGCAUACAACGUAACAGCAGAAGCGGCGCAACAACACAUGAAGCUGUUGACGCAGUAGCCACAACAGCAGCAACAACAAUUGCAGCGAGCGAAACUACUCUGAACAAUGAGACUGGCACAGAGAGCAGCGCAAAUAUGCCAGCGGCCAAAUGCCACGCAACACAGUCAACAACAGCAGUGACAACGCCAACAGCGAAGACACUGCCAGUGUUGGCUACGGACAGCGCGGCCAUUGCCAAUGUCAGCACAAGCAAAACUGGCAGUGAAAACGGCGCUAUCAGCGUUACGUAACGGUAACAUACACUCGCACGCAAACUGUUGCUGAAACUGGUGAAUGUCAGCGCUUGCAACAAUAGCAACGUUGCAACUGUUUGUGUUAUAUUUUUAGUUUCAUAGUAUGUAGUAUGCGUAUUGUAAGUAUAAAUAAUGUGAAAAUGUUGGCAAAUAAUCAACCCUGGCGCCGCCUAAGUCAGUCAAGUAGACCUAAUACAUAGGCCUCGGCCACGCAAUGAGCGGCUGAACGGUAAGCGGCAGACGAUUAAAACAUUCUAUUGAAGUGCCCACAUACUGAGCGAGCUGUGAGCGGCGCCGCUAAGCCACUCACCGCUUUGCCGACCAUUGCGUUGCCGAAGCCUAACACUCCAAACUUUUUCCCGCUGUUGCUUUGCAGCUGCAGCAGCAGCAGUACUAAUGCAACUGCAAAGUCAUCCAAAUUUUAUUGAAAUGUAGCAGCAGCAAGUACAAGUAACUAAUAUAGAUAUUUUCUACACGCGUUUAUACUAUUUUGAUUGAGGCUGCUAAAUUUAUUCUAAGAAUUUGCAUAUUUUUUUAUUUGUAAAAAUAACAGUUUUUGAAGGAACUCUAGCCACCCCUUCCAAAAAAGGUGUUCUGCGUUGACCUGUGGUUCAUAUAAAAUUAAAAACUCAAGCGGAUUUCGUUAAAGUAAUGUAAAACAAAAUUGUAACGGUAAUAAAAGCAAGCCUCGGUUAAGUACUAGAAAAUAUAGUUCUGAAGCCUGUGUAAAACUUUGAGACUAAACCAACUGGUCUUUCCAACGGUGUGGCGGUCUUCCUCGGCUUCCACCAGCGGGUCCUGCAUGGAACACUGUCAAAGCUGGAGUGCUUUCGUUCAUUCGGACAACAUAACCUUGCCAGUCCUUUUAUGCGAUGAACUAUGUUAUAUUGCCAUAUAACUCAUCCAGCUUAUUCUUCCAGCGUCUCCGGUAUUUGCCUUUGCCAAUGUUCAAAGGACAAUAAACCCUCCGCAAAACCUUGCUCUGGAAAACUCCUAGUGCCGUCUCAUCGGAAACGCUUCAGCUUUAUAAGGCAGCGGGGAAAUGAUGACCGACUUGUAGAGAUUGAUUCUGUCUCGUCGAGAGUGGACUCUGCUUUUCAAUUGUCUAGUCAGUACAUAGUAGCAACUAUGGGCAAGAGUUUUCUGUGCUGCGUUGGAUUUCAAGGCUGACAUUAUAAUUGGUGUUAAUGCUGAUCCCAAGAUAGACGAAAUUAAAUACAACUUCAAAGUUGUGACUGUGAGACUAAUCGGUACAGCCAUUUAUGAGAAAUCUUGCUCACCGACUUUCAAAUCACAGCUUUGCAGAAAAAUAAGGCGUUAUAUACCUGUCAUCUACUUUCAAAAGUGUUUAACUUUAAAAAUAACCAUCGGAUCUACUUUCAGCGUAUUUACAAUACAUUUACAUUAAAUAAAGAAAUCGAUUUUUUUUUAAUUCAACUAGUAGUAACCGCUUAACCAAGUGUGGUGUGUGCUCAUCACGGGUUGUCAAUAAAUUGUUUACAAAAUGCAAACUCUGAUUAGUUUCAAGCAUCACCAUAAAUUGGAAAUAUAUUUGGCGGUGGAUCAAUGUUGAAUAGUUGCUCAGCUACAUGUGUAUGUCUGUAGACAAAAUAAUAAAAAAAUAAAAUUGACCAAAUGUGAUUUCAAAAGCGCAAUCACGUUCAGUUAAAUAAAAGAAUUCUAUAUGUAAAUAUAAACGAUACACACGACAGUAAGUGUAAAAUUAAAUGGUUAUGAUAUGGCGAAACGCAAGCAGUGUAGCUAAUUAGGUCAUGAAAUACACAGUAUAAAUUUACAAAAAACAAAAAUAAAACAAUACAUAUAUAUAUAUAUUUAUAUGUAUAUAUAUACAUAAAUUAAUACGUUUAAUAACAAAAUUAUUGCAAUUGAAAGUAAUGCAAAAAUAUUGUUUUUUGUAAAUGAUUGCAAAUAAACUUAAUGAUAGACUUGACGGAAAACUUAAACGAAUUUAUUUUUAAAAGAAAUUUUACGCAACAUGCCUAAAGAAAUCAAUAUAAAACAAAUAUAACAAAAUGUAAAAAAAAGUUACAAAUUUAAAACAAAAAAAUGUAUAUUUUGUCAUAUUUACAUGAAAACAAAGAAAAAUUCAAAACACAACAGCACACAACUUGACAUAUGCAUACACGUAUACCAUAUCAUACACGAUUUUUGGGAAAUCAGAUGUGGACACACACGAGUAGUAAAUGACAUAAAACUCAUAUAAAUACAGCAUGCAGUCCGAGUUAGUUGUCGUACUGACAUAGCAUCAGUUCUUAGAUCACAUUUGCGCUGUAUUUAGAACGCCCCUGAUUUCCACAAGUUAAUGCCUUAUCCUCGGCGAUAUGAAUUUCCCUAGAUUUUAGCCUUUGCUGGCCAUUUAAGUCUUUACCACACAACACAUAUCUCGUAGUACAUACGCUACCAACCCAAAUUUGAUACAGGAUUUAGCGAAAAAAAAUUAAAGUUUAAGUUGUUGUUGAAAAAUAUACACAGUCCUACAUAUUAUUUGUAGUUAAAGCUGAAAACCAUUUUACUAUAGUAAUGUUAAAGCAGAAACAUAAUGAAAAAGUAACAUAAUUAAUAAUACAAUGCAAAACAUAAAAACUGUGCCACAUUUUUGCCAUAUUUUUUUUCAAAUUUUAUGUAAAAAAGAUUAUAUAUGUAGGCGUAUAGAUAGCGUAAAAAAGGAAAGAUCUAUUUAAGCAUUUACAUAAAACAAAAACAAAAAAAUUGUGCAUAAAACAUAAAAGGUUGAAUAAUACAAUUAAACAAUGUUAAGACAACGACAAAUUCAAAUCUAAGCAUAUAAGUAUAAAAUUUAGCAUUUCAUGAGUACACAUGUACAUUUCAAAACAACAAAUGAAAACAGCAUUAAGUAGUUAUAACACAUUUUGCAAAAAACAUAAAAAAGUUUAGUGAAGUGCCAGCUAAAUGAUAAAAUGAACCCAAGUUAAAAGAAUGGCAUACAUUAUGUGUACAAACUCCAUAAUUGGACGAGCAGCUAGACAAAUUGAAAGUAUAUGUAUGUAUGUAUAUACUCACAUAAUAGCUGUACAGUUGUUUCUACAUUUACGCGAAACUAAUUUUGUGCAUUGGACUUACUUUUAAACAUAUCAUCAUGUUGUAAACAAUGCGCCGUCGUAGCAAGAAAAGCUCUUUCAGCAGCCAGUAUGGUUAUACUGGUAGACAUAACAACAAAAAUUUCAACUCUAAAUAUAGCUAACUCAUUUGCUUUUUUAUAUUGUAUAUUAAAAAAAAUUAAUUUCAUUUUUUGCACCAUGCAAUUAUAUUCCAUUUCAGUUGAAUUUUUGUAAUGCUUAUUAAUGCUAACAACCCAAUUCGUAAAAAAUCAGUUGAAAUACAACUAAAUUAGCUUUUUGUAUUGAAAAGUACAUAAUUUGGCUCCUACCUAUGUAGCAUAAAACAAAAUUGUGUUUUUUUCUAUAACCGUUUAAUUUGUUCAAUUAACUGCCGGAUUUUCAAUUUUAAAGCUAACAAUAACAAUGAAACUUCAGCUAGCAAUCAUUGCAAUGCAAUGUAGAAGUUUUGCUGCUUUAACUGCAAUUCAACUAGUUUGAGUUGUUAAUUUGUUUGAAUUGUUGACUCAGUUGAGUUAUUAAUUUGGUUGAGUUGUUAACUCGACGGAGUUGUUAACUCUGUCCAACUGUCAACUCAGUUGAGUUGUCAACUCAGGUUAGUUGUUAACUCAGGUAAGUUGUUAACUAAUUCGAAAUGUUAACUCAGUAGAGUUGUUAAGCGCAAAAGUGGUAUAUUUUCGUUAACAGUUUCAUGUUUCAUAUUUUCUUAAAACGUUAAUAAUGUCAUUUCCAAUUAAGCAAUAUUAAUUAUUGCAAUUCCUUACUUCAGCUGCUUAACUUCCGCGCUACUCCCUGCGUAAAUAUAUGACCUCUCUUGAGUACAAAGUACACUUCUUCUUAAACGAUUUUCAUAUUGUCGUGUGAACGCCGUGAAUAUAUACAAAUCAUAUAGUAAUUUUGUGGGGUUUUUAACAUAACUUCGUUUGUAUUGUGAUUAGGGACGGAUUUACAAAAUUACGAGUCGUUGGGAUUGUACAGACUAAGUGUACAUGAUAUACAUAUGUAUGUAAUAACGCAAUAGCAUUAAGCAAGUUAACGAUAACGAAUUAUAUAUACCAAAAACUAUCAGCAAAGUAAUAAUACUGAUAAAUGGCAUUGCAUGCAAAAUGCAAUUAUUUAGCACACAUUUUGAAGCAUUAUUAACAUAUAUGUAAAUACCGUUAGAGCGCGCAUAUUUGUGUAUGUAAGUAUGUAAGCAAACCAGGCCCAUACUUGUAGGUCUAAUGUGCGCUAUAAAGGAAAUUAAUAGCGUUUUCUUUUCUCAAAAAAAUGUAACAUUUAUUCUGCCCUGUAUUUGGAUUUUCAAAUUGUGGAUGAGAGUUGACCAGCAAUAGGAAGACAUUUAUCUGUUCUUUUAUUACGUAAAAAUGGAAAACAUUCAAAAAGGUAGUAGAGCAUUUGUAUAUUGUUGAAAUAUAAAAAGGCAGCAUUUUCAUCGAGAAAAGAAAACGCUAUAAGUGAAAUGAAAUGCAAAAGCGUAAGCGCGAAAAAUCCUCCGUAAUAUAAUUAAACACAUACAUAUAUACAUAUCAUAUAUAUGUAUAUGUAUAUGUAUAACAAACAAACAAAUAAGCAUUGUGGCCAAGGCCAGUUGUGUAAGCAUAUGUAUCGAUAAUUGCCAAUUUUCACUAAAAGACUGUUACUAUCUAUUAGUUGUAUACAUAAAUUACAAAUUACCAGGAAAAAGAAAUCAUGUAAAGUUAAUAACCAACAAGCAAAAUGGAAAAACUAAACUAAAAACAAAUUACAAAUAAUAAUAAUAAUACAAGUAAAUUAAAACUUAUAGUGUUGUAAUUGCAGCAAUUUAUCAAGUAUAAAUAAAUAGUUAAUAGUUAUUUAAUAUAUGUAUGUACGUAUGUAUGUUAUUAUUUAAUUAUAAGGUAAAUUGUAAUGCAAUGUGUGUUGUGAAAAAAUUUAAUUGUAAAAUCAACAUUUUGUAUAUGUAUAAGCGAAUUAUUUUUAACUGAACACAAGCUGGCAUACAAUGGCACGAUAGAAAAGUGAAAAUAUUUAAUUGUGCAUUACAAAUAUGAAUAUAAAUUGUUUCCUUAAAUAUUUUUUUUUUUAUAAAAAAAGAAAAGCUUGUAGAGUACAGUUACAUACAUAUAUGGACGCAACGCGAAAUCUUUUCAAAAACAUUCAAUGUGCUUGGUGUAAGAACGCAAAAUCGACACUUGCAUUCAUUGUAUACACACAUGUUACUGUUAGCUACUAUAAUAUCGGUGGACAGUUACAAGCUCUUUCCCAUAGUAGGUACGCUCAUCAUACAUGCUUUAGGGGGUUACAACUAGUUAGGAGCACUAAACAUGUUUAUUUAUGAUCCAAAGAAUUUUUACACAUAUUAUGAUGACUAUGAAAAGUAUUGCAUAAUUUUUUAUUUGUAAAAAUGACAGUUUUGGAAGCUGCUACAGCAGGUCUCCGGGGCCCCUGCCAAAAAAGUCGUUUUGCGUUCACCACUAUAUCUCCGAAAUGAAGAAAUCAAACGGAUUUCGUUAAAGUAAUGUAUAAUCUUGUAAUUAAUCGAAAGAAUACGCAAAACAAUUUUUUUUGACAAAAUGGCGGCUUCUAAAAAAAAAAAUUGAUUUUUUGGCCAAAAUGUUGACCUUAAAUUGUAUACAAAAAAUGUUUAUCCAUAAUAAAAAAAAAAUCUAUUAAAAUGCUAGAAUAUAUAGUUCAGUGUAAAACUUUGAGUUUAAAAUAUUCAAAACAUUGUUUUGAGAAAAACAAAGCUCCGUUUACCGGUCCACUACUUUAAAAUGUGUGUAACUUCAAAAAUAACAAUUGGAUUGACUUGACAUUUUCAGCGUGUUUACUUAUGUACAAUACAAAAAUGAAAUAUAAAGUUCGAUUUUUUGAAAAUUCUUACUAGUUGUAACCCCUUAAGUAUAGCUUUUUUUUCUCCUUUGGCACAACUGCUUUUGUAAAAUGUACGCUCUAAGAGUAAUUUGUAUGAAAUUUGACUGCGAUUGCCAAUUCAAGAGUUCAAGUUAUGGAGAAUAUCGAGUUAUCGAUCGAUUUAUGGCAAUUCAACUGUAUAUGCUUAAAAAAACUGCUAUUGGAAUGUCAUAUAAUUUGACGCCAGCAUUAACUGUAUUCGCUAUAUUGAAAUUCUGUCUGUGCAAAUUUUACUAUUUUCCAAACGCAAAAUGUUUUGUUGUUUUCAAUAUUUAAAAAAAAAUUAAACAUGCACUGUUAAUUGCCAAAUGAAAAUUUAGUUUUAUUUAAUAAUAUUUUUUAUAACACUAAUUUGCUUUCAUUACGCUUUAAUACAUGUAUGUUUUCAUAAAAAAAUCUAUGGCUUUAGCAUUCUAUAGCGUUUAAAUUGAACCAAAUUUUAAGCGCGUGAAUGUAUAUUUACAUGUACAUAUUUUCAUUUAAAUGUAUAUAUUUAAGCAUUUUUUUAACAUUUUAUGUCAUAGCGCUAUUUCUAUAUUUAUGUAAUUUAAUAUAUUUACUUAUUUCUAUGUCACAUGUGAACUCAAGUGUUAUUGUUAAGUUCGUGCAAUAUAUGCGUAUUUAGUAUAAGCCACACAUUUAUACAUUUGUUAUACAUAUGUGUAUGAAUAGAUUUAAACAUUUUUCUUAUAUCGUAUACAUGGUUAACAUGAGUAUGUUAGCUUAGUUACAUAUAUAAUAUUUAUGCACAUUGCCGGGCUAAUCCACACAGUUGCAGUUCAGGUGUACACUUUCAAUGCUAUAACUGAUAUAUAGGAGAAAUGCCAUAUAGUUUAAAAAGCGAACUAAACUAGUAACACAACUCAGUAUACCGUAAUUAAUUACAGCAGCAGCACUUAUUUUUAAUGUUUCUGAAAAGUAACUUUCGUAAUUGAAUACACACCAAAUCACAUGUAAAACACUGUGCAACACUCGGCUGCGUAUUGCACCCAACUAAUUUCUUUACGUGAGACUGUGUCAUAAGUAAACAAUGUGUGUUCAACGAUUUUCGUAAUUAGUCGCCAAUAUCGCAAUAUAUCGAUUCGAAGUUCGAAAAAAACACUUAAAAAAAAUUUCUAAUUAUAUCACUAAAAAGCUAUAAAAAUAAUUCAAAAUAUGGAAAAAAGUUUAAAUUUUCUGCUUAAUUCAUUGAAAUGUAUAUAAAACAUUUUGGAAAAGCAAAUCCUUUUUUUAACUAAAUAUUUCGUU